AUGCCGUGCAGCUUCCUGGAUCCGCUGCCAGCUAUCCAGGGUCUCCGUGAAGCUUCUGGGCGAGGCCAGGGAAAGCCACUGGCAGUGCGGAGCUACAGCCUCGCAUGGUCUCCUGGCAUCCACUUCCGGACGCCUCGGCGGCUCCAGCGGGUGGUGCUACUGCUACUGAUGGCCCAGAGGCGGCCCGGCGCCGUAGCUCGGCUGCCGAAGGCCCUGUGGAUCGAUCGGAUCCUGCCGCUGCUGUGA